AUGGCAGUGUCGCAUCAGUGGUUCAUUGAGUGGACAUCACCGUCUAUAAUCUUCACGGACAUCAAUCGACAUUACAACGAUGUGAACCAGGGAUGGAACAAUCACGAAUGGAGACGCAUCAACGCCUUGGAAGCACUGGCGGAAAAUCGAGAAGAAUAUUUCACUGCACAACGAAGUUCGAAUCAUAAUCAUUAUGAAACAAAAAGAACCAGUGCUAAAUUAAACAGUCGACGCAUAUUCAACGUUAACGAUAGAACUAAAACAGCAGCUUUAACAAUAUGGAUGGCUAUGAUGGGGCUUACACGGCCGCAAUCAGUGCCCGCUGACAACGAGACGCCUCCCUUCAGUACACUCUACAAGUGGAAGACCAUCGACUUUGAGUUCCCGAGCUUGCAACACCGACGACAAGCUCUUCUUACAGGGAGUUAUAUUCCUUCGAACGUACUACCGCUUGGUCUGGAGGUGUGGGGUUCAAGAGUAUGGGUGACGCUACCCAGCUGGCGGAAAGGUGUGCCAGCCACGCUCGCUACUGUGCCGCGCGGUGGAGGUGUGGCGUCUCCGCUCCUUAUACCAUACCCAGACUGGAAUUAUCAUCGAGCCUUUAGUGACGACAAUAACUGUUCAGGGCUGACAUCCGUAUUCCGCGUGAACGCUGACCAAUGCGGAAGACUAUGGGUACUUGACUCUGGGCAAAUAAAUUCUCAAGACAAUCCAAAACAAAUAUGUCCACCCAGCGUAGUAGUGUUUGACCUUCAAACAGAUUCUAUGAUUGCGAGGUAUCCCAUUCCCGAAGAAUAUGUUCUGCAAGAUUCUCUAUUUUCUAACAUCAUAGUUGACAGUAGAUUAGAAGACUGUUCAGACAUGCAUCUUUAUAUAACUGAUACUUGGCGAUUUGGUCUUUUGGUCUUCAGAGAACGUGAUCAAAGAUUUUGGCGAUUUUCUCACCAUCUAUUCUACCCAGACCCGUUAGCUUCAAAUUACACAUUGCACGGACAUAAUUUUCAGUGGGCCGACGGUAUUUUUGGGUUAGCAUUAACACCUGUUAACCAAUAUCAAGAACGAAUAUUAUAUUUUCAUUCCUUGUCAAGUUAUAGAGAAUUUUAUGUUCAUACAAACGUUCUCCGCGAGCCUUCUAGAGUAAACGACAGUGCAACAGAAUUUAAUCUAGUCGGAGAAAGCAGGGGAUUAUUCGGGCAAUCGUCAGCGUCGGCCAUCGACAGGCGAGGCGUUAUGUUUUACGGUUUAGUGACAAGGGAUAGUAUUGGAUGUUGGGAUACGAAGAAACCCUAUCAUAAAAGAACUAUGGGAAUUGUGGCUACGAAUACAGAGACUUUGGUAUUCCCUAACGAUGUAAAAAUUGACCAGGAAAAGCGUCAAAGUUUAUGGGUCAUAUCAAACAGGCUACCGAUGUUUCAAGCAGAGAGCUUGAGUGAUGACGAUUACAACUAUCGCAUCAUGUUUGCAGACACCAUGGAGGCAGUGCAGGGUACAAUUUGCGACCCAUCGCUCGAAUUAUCCUCUCCUACUACGUUCAUUCAGCGUUGGUUGCCAUAG